AUGUCGACAAUUGCGCCGCAGGCUCUGACCUCGGAUAUCCAACUCGCCCUCGAACAAGCCAUCGAUCAGGCAAAUAGCGCAUUUAACCAGACCACCGGGGAGCUCAACCCCAAGAAGAAGAACAAGAAGAAACGCAUACGCGAAUCCGAUGCUGGUUUGGCCGAUGGAGCAGAGGGCAGCCAGCCCCAGGAGAAGAAAAAGAAGAAAAAGCACGGCGGGGGGCACGCGCAGGUUGAGGGGACGGACAGCGGAUCCAGUGGAUCUCAGCAUCAGUCGCACCCGAGAUCACCCGUAGAGCCUGACGCUGUGCACGACGAUGUACAGGCAUCGACAGCGGCGUUCAUAUCAGCCAUCGUAGCGGCGGCCUCGACGAGUAGCUCUGAUACCCAGUCGCCUUCGGAUAUGGCCACUUCGUUCAUGGAGCCGACUUCCUUUCUGCCAUUCCCCCAUGACGCCCAGCAGUCUCAACCCCAGUUCGGGUUCCUGCCUGGAAUGGCACCUCCACCAAUGGGCGUUCCUUUCGCCGAUCUUUCUCUGGCGACAAACGAUGACGUUCUAAGAGCCAUCCAAGCUCUCGAUGUCUCUAAAAUCGCGGACGUGCUGAAGACGCUUAACGAGGCAGCCGCAACCGCGAACAUUCCUCUUAAUAUUCCCGUAAAUGCGCUGGAAACCCCACUACCAGCGACUCCACUCCCAAAACCACUUCCUGGUGCGGAUACCAGACGUCCGCCUCAACGGAAUAUGAAGAAUCCGAAACACAUAAAGGCGUUGGCCGCGCGGUCUGCCGAGCAGCAAAUACCAUCCGAUCACGCGCAGCUACUUGCCACCAAGUGGAUGAGUACAACAAAACUCGCUGAGCUAGUGCAAACCGAAGGUCUGGUAUACAAGAAAGGGAAAUUCUCCGCGAUUGAAGAACAGCAACUUAGAGACGCGAUUGACAAGUACCGUGAAGAAAAGCAAGUGACGGAAGAAGACCUCCUUGAUAUCAUCUUUGGUAAGAAGUCAAAAGAGAGUACUUUCUGGUCAGAUAUCACUUCUGCGAUUCCUCAACGCCCGCUUAUCGCUGUGUAUCACCAUGUUCGACGCCAUUUCCAUCCAAUGGCCCAGCAGGGCAAGUGGACAGCUGAAGAGGACGCUCUCCUCAAACAGGCUGUCGCCGAUCUGGGUCAACAAUGGGAAAAAGUUAGCCCUCGAGUGGGUCGCAUGUCUGCAGACUGUCGAGACAGGUACCGGAAUCACAUCGUGAACCGUGACAUUCGUCUGACCGGUGGAUGGUCGCGUGAUGAGGAGGAACGACUAACGCAGAUUGUCACGGAAAUGACUGUACAGCAAGGCAAGAAUAUUGAUAAUGAUAUAUUCUGGGGUAAAGUCAGUGAACGCAUGGGUGGCACCCGUGGGCGACAGCAAUGUCGAAUUAAGUGGACGGAUACACUAAGCAAAACGGUAAAGAACGACGGCCAAAGACCCAGAUGGAGUCCUCUCGACGCGUUUAUUCUUGUGCACAAGGUGGACUCAAUGAACGUCAUGGAUGAUACCGAGAUUGACUGGAAAACGUUACUGGAUCCGGAUUGGAAUCUGUGGAGCGCACAUUCUCUGCAACGGCGGUGGCUGACGAUGAAGAGAAGCAUCAAAGGUUACGAAAACAUGUCUCAUCUAGACAUCAUGGAAAUCCUGAGAACGAAGAAGGCGCAGGUGCCUGAUCCUUUGGGGACGGGGAGAAAGAGAAAAGAUCGAAAGGUCAUGAGUUCUGAGGCGAUUGAAGAGGAUCCUGGGGUCGACGACGACCACAUCGACGAUUCUUAG